AUGCCUUACAAGACCCUGUUGUUCGAUCUUGAUGGUACACUCACAGACCCAUUUGACGGCAUUACACGGUCCAUCCAGUACGCACUGGAAAAAAUGGACGCGCCUGUGCCCGAGGCAAAGGAUCUUCACUGGUGUAUUGGCCCUCCGCUCUGGGAGAGUUUCGAGGUUUUGCUGAACACGGGUGAUCGCUCGGUGCAGGAUAGAGCGGUUGCUUACUACCGGGAGCGGUAUACGGUUUCGGGGCUUUACGAAAACACGCUUAUCGACGGGAUUACCAACCUGCUCGAGGCGUUGCGAAAGGCCGGUCUUGAUCUCCACGUGUGUACCUCGAAGCCGCAUGCCUAUGCGGGAAAAAUUGUCGAACAUUUCGACAUGAUGCCGCAUUUCGGCAAGGUCUACGGUUCCGAAUUGAGCGGACACCGGUCCGCCAAGGCAGACCUUAUCGCCCAUAUUCUGGAAGAAGAGGGACUAUCUGCCGCGCAAACGUUGAUGAUCGGUGAUCGAAAGCAUGACCUUAUCGGGGCAAAUGCGAACGGCGUUGCCGGGAUCGGUGUUCUCUGGGGCUAUGGAAGUCGUGAGGAACUGGAAGGGGAAGGGCCGGUUCUGGUCGCGGCAAAGCCCUCCGAAAUCCUGCAACACGUGCAGAAAGCGGCUUGA